AGUCGGAGCUCAAUUGUUGAUCAGAUCACAUCUAAGGGAUUUAGGAGCACAGGCGAGCCGAGAGUUGAGGGAAGACGCCCCACCGAGUCCAUCCACACGCGCUGCCGCUGUCUCCUCCUCCUCCUCCUCCUUCCUCCUCCUCCUCCUCCUCUUCCACAUGCAGAUGACAAGAUCCGUCUGAGAGAGCGAGCAAGAAGGCGAGAAAAGAAAGCAGAGCCCGGAAAGAAAAAAUACCAGACGGGGGCUCUUCUCUCCGCCCGGCAGCUGGAGAAGGAGAGAAGGCAGGCAGGCAGGCAGGGGCGCGCAGUCGACAGCUAGCUAGCGAGCGAGCCAACCAGCCAUCCCGGGCUCUCCCGCGCCGUCCCAGACCCGGCUUGCCCGCCCGCCGAGCGCCGCUGCCCCGUCCGCUUCGACUUCUGGCUCCGUGUCGCCCCGUCGGCGGUGCGUCUCGCUCCUCCUCGCCUGCACGCCCGGGAUGUCCUUCCCGCAACUGGGCUACCCGCAGUACCUCAGCGCCAGCCAGGCCGUGUACGGCGGCAGCGACCGGCCCGGGGUGCUGGCGGCCGCCGCCGCUGCCGCCGCUGCCGCCGCCGCCGCUUCGGGCCGUCCAGGAGGCGCGGAGCUCAGCAGCGGCUCCACCGCCGCCGUCACCUCGGUGCUGGGCAUGUACGCCGCGGCCGCCGCGGCCGGGCCUUACAGCGCGCCCAACUACAGCGCCUUCCUGCCCUACACCGCAGACCUCAGCCUCUUCUCGCAGAUGGUGAGUUCGCAUCCGACGGGGCGGGCCUCGGGAGGGAAAGGGCGCCCCGGGGAAAACGCUUCCCCCAAGGCCCUCGGCUGCUGGGCGCAGGAUUGGGAGGGCCGGAGGAGCUGCCUCGUGGCCCGCUGGAGCGCGACGCGCCGGGAGCUUUUCUUCCGAGGGCUCCCAGGGCGAAGGGCUGCGCAGGCUUUUCUCGUCUCCUUAGGGGCCGCAGCGAGCUCACCCCCCCACCCGUCCAUUAUUAUUUGCUUCCAACCCCAUCCGGAGAGGAAACAAGCCCCACCGGUGACUCCGACCGCCGGUUAUUUCUCUCGCGCGCUCCUUCUCCAGUUGCAGCCUCGGGCUGGAGGCGCCUUCGCCUCGCCGACCCGCCGCCGGAGCCGCUUGCCGCGGGAAGUUUCCAAGGUUUUAAUUAAUUUGCAGCAAUUAAAGCGCGGUUAAGAGAGGAGGCGCGGAACAGCGCCGAGGCUCCCCCCCCCCCAAAAAAAAUCUCCAAACAAACCAGGCGCGCGUUUGCCCUCCUUUGGUCCCAGAUUUCUUUUCUUAGCGGGUUCGCCGUAUGAUUUUUCUUUCGAUCCCACGAACUUGAGCGGAAAAACGGAGUUGUUCCUUUGAGCUCCCUGCCCCCCCUUCACCUCCCCCGCGAUAUUUAUCCAUUGCAAAUCCCUCCGGAUUCUCCCCGCUUUCAGAACGGCACAUUGAUAAACUAUGGAAAUGAUUCUUGGGAUAUUGUUUUAAAUUCAACAAGCAGGGUAUUAGUAUUGCUGUCGUUUCGGUUUUUGUGGUGGAAAUAUUUUAAGGGCAUUUUACGCAGACUUGGUUAACUUAUUUGUUUCGUUUUACAUAUUUUACAUAUUUCUGUUCGGAAUGUAAAUGCUAACAGAGAAUCAGUAACGAUUUUCCAAGAAGUAAUUUCAGCAGUAUUCCCAGGGGGGAUUUUGCUAUCAUAGCAGCAACAAUAACAAACAAAUACCUUAUCAAAAUUAAGGCAAGGCAAGAAACUCGUCCUAUUAUGGUUUUGUUUUUUAAACCAUGCUUGUGUUUUACAUAGGGGUGUGUUUCUUUGUGGUUUGUGCAGAUUGUGGUAAGUUUAUUCAGAAUAAGUAAAUUUAUUUGGUAAGGAUAUGCCCUACUUCCCUACAAAAUAAAUAUGUUGGGGUUAGUUUUUUGUUUAUUUAUCCGUUGUUUUUAAAAAAUAGGAAUUAUUUUUUGCCAGUUGAAAUUAUAAAAAAUAAAUCAUAUGCUAAGGUAUAUGGAAUGAUUGGAAUAAUAUAGGAAAAUGAGAGGCUGAAAAUCAGCUCUCUCCAUUCUCACUUAUUCUAUGCCAAUAAAUGAAGAGUAGAAGCAGUAAUGAUUUUCAAGUAGCUACUUCAAAAGAAUUCCCAACAGGGGAAUACAAAAUUUAUCAUUUCAGCCACAAGAACAAAAAUCGCUCAACGAGAUAAAGGGAGUGUAACAAGCAUGCCCGGAUAGAGUUUUUAUUAAAUAUUACAUUUUGCCCUUUCCAGAUGGUGUAUAUACAUUGUUUUUUCUCUUACAUUUUCUCUUGUGAGCUUGCUCCAAAUAAAUCAAAUUCUUUGCAAAAGUGUAUCAGGCUUUUUCACUCAAAUGGCUUUUUGUACGCACACAUUUAAAGCAAGCAAACAAAACCUUGCAGGUCACCAGAAAAAAAAAAUCUAUCUUUAAAAUAGGACAGAUUAAAUGACUGGCCACCAAUAAGAUAAAAAGCAGAAAAUUCUUUUGACUGAGAGGAGGGGAAAAAAUGCUAUUCAUAGGUCGCUUUGCAACCUUUGCUCCCAUCAGCAGUUCCUAGAAAGCAGGGCUCAGUUCUAAAAAGGUGCCUAGACUUUGAGGAAGUUUGAGGAAUGGAGUCAUAAAAGUGUGUGUGUGUGUGCGCAAUUUGCAGUAAUAAUGAGGCCUAAUGAGGUUGUUAGAAAGAUAAAAUGUUAUUUACCAAAACACCUGAUGGGCUAAUUUGACUUCACUGUGUUUUACUGCUGAUGAUAAAAAGUAUAUUGAUUGAAAAUAAAUCACCUCUGCUAAAGGCUUGCAAAAAGGAGGGUAAAAGGUGUUUUGUCCUCCGAGGAGGAAAGGAUUAUUGAGGAAGGCAGGGAUACACAUAUCCCAAAUAGAAAGGUCGGUGUCUCUCUCUCUCUCUCUCUCUCUCUCUCUCUCUCUCUCUCUCUUGCUACCAAGAGCACCAUGAGACUCUCAACUAUAUGGACAAAGGCCAACUAAAGUUUAGCAUUUGAAAGUCCCACUGUUUCCAAUGGGAGAGAAGGAAGUGUGUGGUGCCUCUUCCCUCCUGAAAUAAGUGAGCUUUAAUGUGCUUAACUCUGGCUUGGCUUGGCUUGCGCCUUGUCGCUGCCUGUACAGUGUUAAGAGGGGAUUCAGAGCGCAAUCCCUCUCUCGUUCCCAUCACUUCUCUUUUGUGAAGCCCCUCUUUAAAGUGCUGCUGGGGCUGGGCAGGAAUCUGCCCUGCUGUCUGUUGCACCAGACAUGCCCCAGAAGCCUGUGAUGCACUGAUAUUAUCUUUCUCGAUGUGGGUCAGUGCUCCUUUAAGGGUGCCUGCUUAUUUUUAACAGCACAAUAAAUAUUGGCUCUUGGAUGCAGGCUUGGAAAAUGAGGCUGGAUCAGGGAGUGAGGGCACUUUUUCAAUAUUCUUUUAGCUUGGUGCAAAGAGACCUCUCUCCCUCCCUACCCACCCUCUGGAAAACCAUUUGGGAAAGCUCCCGAUUUAAAACAGAAAGGCAGGGCUUGUGCAAUGGGAGGACCUGACCUCACUCUCUGUUUCUUUUUUGGCUUCUCUGAAUGUGUCGCAGGGCUCUCAGUAUGAACUGAAGGACAACCCUGGGGUCCAUCCUGCGACUUUUGCUGCUCAUACCACCCCUGGUUAUUAUCCAUAUGGACAGUUCCAGUAUGGGGACCCUGGGAGGCCCAAGAACGCCACCCGGGAGAGCACCAGCACCUUAAAGGCCUGGCUGAAUGAGCACCGCAAGAACCCCUACCCCACCAAAGGCGAGAAGAUCAUGCUGGCCAUCAUCACAAAGAUGACCCUCACACAGGUCUCCACCUGGUUUGCCAACGCCAGGAGGAGGCUCAAGAAGGAGAACAAGGUCACUUGGGGAUCGCGGAGCAAGGACCAAGACGAUGGAAACCUCUUUGGGAGUGACAACGAGGGGGACCCUGAGAAGAAUGAAGAUGAUGAAGAGAUUGACCUGGAGAGCAUUGACAUAGACAAGAUCGACGAGAACGACGGGGAACAGAGCAAUGAGGAGGAGGAAGAGAAGGUAGAGCUUCUACGACAAAGCAGCGAGGAAGAGCAUUUGGAGAAGGAGAAGGCCUUGACGCUGUCAGGCCCUGAAGGACUUAAACCCAAAGAGGCCCUGUCCCUGGUGAAGGAGGCCUCGGACAAUCCCACCCGAAUCCUGAGCCCCAGUAGGCAAAAUACUCUACAAGGCCCACUUCACAACAAGCCCAAGAUCUGGUCUUUGGCAGAGACGGCCACCAGCCCAGAUGGGGCCCUCAGCAAGCCAACUCCUCCUUCACCCCCCGCCCAGGUUAACCACACCUCUUCCCAGCUCCAGCACCCGGCUUUCCUCCCCAGCCAUGGACUGUACACCUGCCAGAUUGGCAAAUUUCACAACUGGACAAACGGGGCGUUUCUGACCCAGAGUUCCUUGUUAAACGUGAGGUCCUUUUUGGGAGUUAACCACCACCACGCUGCACACCACAACCACCACCUUCAGGUCCAGCAGCAGCCCCCCUCGGUGUUAACAGCUCUUAGCACUGAAAAGUCUUCAGAGAGGACGAGCCCUAAACACAUAGGUAAUGUGAACAAUGGAGGGAGAAGGAUACUUGGUGGGCGGGCUGUUUGUUGUGUAGUUGAAGGUAAGUCCCACGGAGUUGGGACUUAACUCGGUUAGCCUGAUCCAGAUUGGGAGGGGGGGUCCCAAAAAGCCUUUUGUAGGCCUUGACUAUAGCUUAUUGAUGGUCAGGUAGCUUCUAAAAACCUCCAGCUCUUUCUAAGGGUGGUGAUGGAGACACAGUCCCUAGUGUAUAAAAUAUAAGACUCUUCCAAGAAGACUCUUGAUACCUUGAGCUACUUAUAGUUUUGCAACAGUUUUCCUGUUUCCUUAUUUAUUUUGACUUCUGUAAAGAGGAUGGCAGGGCAGACACAUCAGUCCAGCCGAUGCAUGUUGACCCAGGAGUAAGAUUCCAUGAGUUCAGUGGGACUUCCUCUACUUCCCCCUUGGGGAGAAACAAAACAAUCAUGAAAUUCCUUAGGAUCCCUUCCUGUCUUCCCCCCUCAUUUUAUUCAACUUUUAUCAAUAGUGGGUGAUAUAAAGUAAAACAAAGAGGAAGCAAUUUAUGUUACACUUUUGGAUGGUUCAAAGUUCAUUUUCUUAACAAUCCGUACCACAACCCUGUAAGGUAGGUGUGGGUUACAGUGCUGAUGGAGAGCAGGGGAAACUGACUGUUUUGCCUAAGGCCACAUUGAGUUCAUGGCAGAGGCCAGAUUUGAAAAGGGGUCUUUCUGGUUCACAGCUCAGUCACUCAGCCACGGCAUUACACCAUGAGGUGAGGGGAGAGAAGGAAGGAACAUGACAUGAAACUUGCAGACAUGGUGGGGUAAUUUUAUUGCAUGUUUGUCUCUCUGUAUAAGCAAACUUUGCUAAGACAUUUCCUCCCUUCCCCUUUCUUCUUUUCUUUCCUCAUCAGAAAGAGAAAACGUACCAAGAACCGACUCUCCACCUCAGCAGUUAAAAUCUCCCUUUCAGCCUCUCCGGGACAAGUGAGUUCUUGUUCACUGAAAUUUACUUAAAGGAAAGAAAGUGCUUGGAUAACACAGACUAAUCCAAGCACACCCUCAUUAUCAUAAAUCAAAGCAACAAUCAAGCAAUUUUGUAAAGCUUUUCAAAGUGGCAUAAACUUACAGACCAUAUACUUUAGCUCGAAAGUUUGGGGUGUGCUUUUUAAAAAGAAACUGAAUCCCCCCCCCCAGCCACCGCCCCCAAUGUCACCGUUGCGUUUCUAUUGUGUAAAAAUAUAUAUUCCUAGUCUGUUCCCUAAUGCAGAUGGGCGAGCGUAGCUGAGCUUUCACUGAUAGAUGGUUCUGUCUUUUCUUUCCAACAGCUCUUUGACUCAGCAAGAGGGAACAUCGUGAAUUUUAACAGCUCUCCCUUCUGCUUGAUUAAAUGGCGUGUUCUUUCCCCCCCUUUUUGGUGGAAAAGAAAAUUUCACAGACUGGUCUAAAGGACAAAACAAAAAAAGUGGAAAUUAUCUAAAUGACUCCCACCAAUCUCAUUUUUGCAAUAAGGUGGUAUCAAUCCCAUUUCAAAAAUAUAUAUAUCCCAACUCCUCAAACUGGACUCUCCCCUUUUCCUUUAUUCCAUUUUCAGAGCGUGUAAUUCUAACCACAAAUGGAUUAUUGGUUUUGGUAAAGAUUUCUCAUGUGUUUGUGUUAUUUUUUUUCUGUAUAUAAAGUGAUUUCGAAUUGUAAAUAAUGCCACAGCAAAAACUUGUCUAAAUCGUAUAUUUUUGUCU